GGCGCUAUGACGUCAUAAAGCAGCGCGGCAGGAUCGGUUGAAUUCGGUUAAAGAGGGAAAAAAACCCGCUGAAAAGAUGGCGUUAAUUAAAGAGGAGAGGGAAGCCUUGAUGAUUGAAGAAACAUUCAGCGUCAAACAAGAAGAUCCCGAGGAACAAACAGAACUGAUGCCACCGAAGGAGGAGAGUGAAGAACUCCAACCAGACCAACAUCAGACCGAAUAUGACUACGAUUUAGUAACGGUAAAAAAAAGUCCCAGUGACUCAGAGACUGAAGAGACUUCCUCACAAAGAAGUGCUGAACCAGCAGAAACAAACAGUUCCUUUGUUUGCACUUGGUGUGGAACGAGUUUCAGUGAGCUGGACAAGUUUAAAGUCCACAUGAAGGUUCACACUGGAGACGGCCCUUUCAGCUGCCGGCAAUGUGGGAAGAGAUUCACUCAGAAGGGAAGCCUUAAAGUGCACAUGAGAAUUCACACCGGAGAGAGCUCGUUCACAUGUGAAGACUGCGGGAAGAGUUUCACGCAAAAAGGAAGUCUUAAAGUCCACAUGAGAAUUCACACCGGAGAGAGCUCGUUCACAUGUAAACACUGCGGAAAGAGUUUCACGCAAAAAGGAAGUCUUAAAGUCCACAUGAGAAUUCACACCGGAGAGAGAUCAUUCAGCUGUCAACACUGCGGGAAGAGUUUCUCUCGAAAGGGAAGCCUUACGGUGCACAUGAGAACUCACACCGGCGAGAACCCUUUCAUCUGCCAGGACUGCGGAAGGAGUUUCCACCGAAAACAGUCUCUUACGGGUCACAUGAGGACUCACACAGGAGAGAAGCCUUUCGCCUGCCCUCAAUGUGGAAAAAGUUUUACCCUUAAAGAAACCCUUAAAGCGCACAUGAGGGUUCACUCCAAAGAGUGUGGAAAGAGUUUCGGAGAUUCCCCCUCAUCGAACAUGGCGCAGUCGUCUUGUAAAUGCUACUGCAGCGUUCCCUGUUGUUCAAACAACAAGCAGAAAUUUCCCUAUUUGAGUUUCCACGACUUUCCAGUGGACGCCGAUCAGCGUGCACGUUGGGUCAAGGCCAUCAAAAGAAUUGAGGGACCCUGCUUUAAAAUCCGUCGGGGGAGCACCUACGUGUGCUGUCAGCACUUUGCCCCAGAGGACAAAUACACGUCAUUCAUUGGAAGGACCAGGAUUAAAAAAGGAGCAGUGCCGUCUAGAUUCUUCUGGAAUGACUGGGGUAAAGGAACCGAUUCAGAAAUUCCCCUGUCGGUUAACCCGAGAGCAAAGAAGUUCAUCAGCGCUGCUGUUCUGGAUCAAUCUCAAGAGACUCAGCCUGCGAAUGGAGCUGUGGAUCAUGACUAUGCCUACCUUCCAUCUCCUGGUAAACUGGAUGCUGCUGCUGAAAGAAUUAAAGAAUUGGAGCUUCAGGUUUCAUCACUAGAGGAAGAAAUCAAGCAGCUGACCGUGAAGCAGCAGCAGCCGCUGAUCUACAAGUUCUGCGUCACCGAUGAGGACUUUCAGUACUACACCAAGUUCAGCUCAAAGCAGGCCUUCACUGCGUUCUGGGAGUCCGUUCACCCCUCUGAUUCAAGACUUGCGUACUGGACCAAAGCACUGCAAACAGAGACGCCAAACCCUGAGCGAGGACUGCCGCUCGUUGAUGAACUCUUCCUGUUUCUCUGCCGGGUUGUUACCGGGCUUCAGGAGAAAACGUUGUCCUCCAUCUUUGAAGUUAGUUUGGUUACAGUUAAUCGUGUUAUAUUGACUUGGACAAGCUAUCUUCACCAGGUUCUCGAGGCUCUGCCAUUGUGGAUGACUGGAGAGCAAGUGCAGGCCACAAUGCCGGACAAAAUCAAGCUGGUUUACCCUCAGCUGAGAGUGAUAAUACACCGCACAGAGAUUAGCUGUGAAACAGCAUCCAUACAGUCAGAAACUCUUACAAAUCGCACUAACUUUAAAGCUCUAGUCGGUAUUUCCCCAUGUGGGGUUGUCACAUUUGUUUCCAAACUUUACCCAGACUCUAUUUCAGAUGCGGAAAUAACACGUCGGUCACACUUCGUACGGUUGCUCCAGCCAGGAGAUGCAGUAUUGGCCGACGAAGGCUUUCAGAUUGAGGAGAUGCUGUCUGAGGUGGGGGCGACACUCCUCGUUCCACCGCUGGAGGACACCCUGGAGACCCAGGCGGUCGCCCAACUUAGAGGUUUAGUGAACAGGACGAUACGCAGGGUUAAGGAGUACCAAAUCUGGGACAGGGUCGUUCCUCUUUCUCUGGCAGGUUUGGUCAGUCAGCUGUGGGCCGUUUGUUGUUUAUUGGCGAACUAUCAGGGAGAUCCUGAUGCCGAAUGUGAAAAACCAGUCUGAAGGGGUUCCCUUCCUUCAAAACAUUUCUCUUUUUGUAAAUUAAAGUUUAAAAUUAAGUUUUAGCCUUAUUUAAAG